AUCUGACAGCCGAGGAAUGUUUGACGUCUUCUCGUUUGUUUACUGAUCUGAUUAAAUUUGGGUGUUUUCUGACCCCUGGAGGUCAAAGGUCAGAGGUCAGGGGGCGUGGCCUCUCCUCUCCUCUCCUACAAACGCUGCAGGUUCAGCUUAUUUUGGGUUUUUGGGUCGACAUGCUGCUGACGAGCUGCUGGAUCCUUCUCUCUGCAGUCGCUGCUGCAGCAGUGUUUGUGGAGGAGCGUGAUGCCAACGCUGUGCUGCAGAGACGGAGGAGAGCUAACAGCGGCUUCCUGGAGGAGCUGAAACAAGGAAACCUGGAGAGAGAAUGCAUCGAAGAGAUCUGCGACUACGAGGAGGCGCGAGAAGUGUUCGAGGACGACGCCAAGACGAGGCAGUUCUGGCUGACGUAUGAACGUCGCGACCCCUGCCUGGUGAACCCGUGUCUCAACAACGGGACGUGUAUCUAUGUCGGGAACACGUACGACUGUCAGUGUGCUGAAGGAUACGAAGGACGAUACUGUCAGACGGUGUUUGAAGACUCUUUGAAGUGUCUCUUCCAGAACGGACAGUGUCAACAUUUCUGUGAUGGUUCUGGAGAAAGACGUAAAUGUUCCUGCGCUGACGGAUACGUGCUGGGAGAGAACGGACGAGACUGCGUCGCUCAAGUGGCGUUUCCGUGUGGUCAGCUUCAGCCGCAGGAUUCAGGCGUCAAUCAGACUGUUGUGGAUCGAACCAGGCUGGUGGGACUCAAUCAUUGCCGCCGAGGAGACUGUCCUUGGCAGGUCCUGGUUCAGUUAAACGAGAAGAGUCACUGUGGAGGAGCUCUGAUUGGUCCAGACUGGGUCAUCACUGCUGCCCACUGUAUCCAUGGCAACGACCCCCAAAACCUCACAGUGGUGGCAGGAGAGCACAACCUGGAUGUUGACGACGGCACCGAGCAGAGGAUCCCCGUUUCCAUGGCGAUUGCCCACGAAGGUUAUGUCCCGGCGACAGGCGACAGUGACGUCGCCCUGUUGAAACUGAGCCGCUCUGUCACCCUGAGCCGCCUCGCUCUCCCCAUCUGCCUCCCCACCAAACAGCUCGCCAAGCAGGAGCUGCUAUUGGUCCUCUUCCACACCGUCUCCGGCUGGGGCACCAGGAUCACCGGGGGCAACAGCCGCCCCGGCGACGCGCCUCUCCACAAUGCCGACAACAUCCUCAGCAGGAUGUCCAUCCCCAUCCAUCAGAACUCCCAGUGCUCCCAGAAAGCCCAGUUUAACUUCACCGCCAACAUGCUGUGUGCCGGCUACCUGGCCGGCUCGCGGGACAGUUGCCGCGGAGACGACGGCAGCCCGCUGGUCACGCUGUACGGCUCCACCCACUUCUUGACGGGCGUGGUCGGCUGGGGGCGGGGCUGUGCGCUCCCAGGGUAUUAUGGGGUGUACGCCAACAUGGCCAACUUUGUGGAUUGGGUGGAGGCCACAAUGAAAGACCCGCCCACUGUGAUGACAGCCAAUGAGAAAGCAGCUGCUGACAUGCUGCAACAGAAACUAAAGUCCCCAAAAGAAUCUGGAGCAGGAAGCCCGGCCCCCCCUCUGAUCAGUGCAGUUUACACUACCUCCUCCUCCUCCUCCUCCUCUCUCUCAGGUCAUUGCCCUCCUCUCCUCUCCGCCUCCCCUUCUCUCUCUCUCUCUCUCCCUCCCUCUCUCUCUCUCCCUCCCUCUCUCUCUCUCCCCCGACUCUCAGACUCCAUUACCUCUACUCAGCACACUCAGAUCUUUUCGAGUCAAGCUCACCAUCCAAGGGCCAUGUUUUGGUUUCAACGGCUGCCCCUCGGCCUCCUGCUGCUGCUCCACCUGGCCGCCGCCGUUCAAGUCUUCAUGGACGGCAACUCGGCCAGUCAGGUGCUGAGCCGGCGGAGACGAGCCAACAGCUUUUUCGAGGAGGUCAAACAAGGCAACCUGGAGCGGGAGUGUUACGAGGAGCGCUGCGACCAGGAGGAGGCGCGCGAGAUCUUCGAAAACGCUGAGAAAACUGAAGAAUUCUGGGCCAAAUAUGCUGAUGGUGACGCAUGUGAAUCGAGGCCCUGCGCUCAUGGAGGAAUUUGCAAAGACACGGUCGGCGGGUACACCUGCUUCUGCGAGUCCGCGUACAAGGGCUACAACUGUGAAAUCGCUAUUCCUGAACUCUGUGAGAACUCAAACGGUGGUUGCAAACACUUCUGCCGGGUGGAAAAAGGGAACGUUUUGUGUUCCUGCGCUGAUGGAUAUGACCUGGCAGGAGAUGACAAGUCCUGCUUCUCCAACGAGGAAUUCAAAUGUGGCGUCAUCUUCACUGGAAGCACCCGGACCGUCUUCAGGUACGAACGUCCCAACGCGACGCACGAGAACGUUACUGGAUUUAACGACACGGACUUCAAUCCCAACGUCACAGAACCGUCAGGUUUUGAGAACAGAACCAACGACCCGCUCCCAAAGAACUACGUGCUCGAGAGUCUUAUCAGACCUCAGAAGUCGAGUAUGACCCGCAUCGUCGGAGGAGAGGACUGUCCACCGGGAGAAUGUCCAUGGCAGGCUCUCCUCCUGAACGAGGCCCACCGAGGGUUCUGCGGAGGAACGAUCCUCAACGAGUACAUCAUCCUGACCGCCGCCCACUGCAUGAACGAGUCACGCUACAUCUACGUUACACUCGGUGAGUUUGACAUCCUGGUGAAUCACGGUAACGAAGUCGUCCGCCAAGUCGAAAGUAUCAUCGCUCACAAUAAGUAUCGUCCCGACACUUAUCACAACGACAUCGCCCUCAUCAAACUGUCCAAGCCCAUCAAGUUCAGCAGGUACAUCCUGCCGGCCUGCUUACCCGAGUCAGACUUCGCUGAGAAGGUCCUGAUGCGGCAGCCUCAAGGCCUGGUCAGCGGGUUCGGACGUAUCGGCGAGGGUCGGCAGCCGUCCACCAUCUUGCAGCGCCUCAACAUGCCGUACGUGGAUCGGUCCGUCUGCAUGGAAUCCACCAGCUUACGUAUCACCGCCCGUAUGUUCUGUGCCGGCUACGACACAGAAGCAAAGGACGCCUGCCAAGGUGACAGCGGCGGGCCACAUGUCACGCGGUACGGUGACACCUAUUUCGUCACCGGCAUCGUGAGCUGGGGCGAAGGGUGCGCACGCAAAGGCAAAUACGGCGUCUACACCCAGGUGUCCAAGUAUGUCCGCUGGAUCCGUGAGGGCAUGGCCAAGCUGAUGUCCACAAACAGGAAGAAGAGGCACCUCGGCCACAUCGAGAGGCUCUACCUGUAAGAAGGCCGUCAGCAGAUUUCCUUUUUCUUGUCACUGCUGAAGCGUCGACAGAGCUGAGCUGAAUCAAAUAUUAUCAUCGACAGAGCAGAGAGCAGCCACACUCUGUGCCUCUCAUGUAAUCACUCAUUUUAUGUUUGAGACUUUCAACACAUUUUACUUUUAACAGUCACAACAGAAACUCUGAAAGCAUCGGCGCUCGUUUAAGGACACUUCUGAAAUCCUUCAAGCUCACGAAGACCAAACAUGUUGGCGAACAGCUGCUUUCUUCUCGGUGUUUAAGACCAAAUAUUCACUCAGUUCAAAUGGAAAGAAGGGUCAAAAGAAGGAAGGAAAGGAGGAAGGGAGGGUGGAAAGAGGGAAGGAGGGAGGAAAGAGAGAGAAGGAGGUAAGGAAGGAAAGAAGGAAGGGAGGAGAGAAAGGGUUAACCCUUUAUUGGGCAAAUAAUUAUAUUUGGUAACUUCUGUAAAUAUCCCAAAAUAUCCUUCCUUCCUUCCUUCCUUCCUUCUUUCCUUCCUUUCCUUCCUCCCUGCCUUCUUUCUUCCCUUCCUCUUUUCCUUUCUCCCUCCCUCGUUCCUUAUUUCCUCUGUCCUUCCUUC